AUGAAACCCAGAAGAAGAAGUUCGACAAUUUCCAUCCCCGGACGCAUCUCCGGCCGCCCACACCAUGGCGACCGUCACCAGCACCGCGGCGCCGGCGCUGCUGCACUCCCCUCCAGCGGCAAAGUCCCCAAUGCGAAGAAACCCAAGGCCCGCCCACCCAACACAUUGCGCGAGAAGCUCGGCCUCCUGCACAGCUCUCUGCCCAAGUACACUGGACCAUACAGCGUCGGCACCAUGGACAUGGAAAUCCCGGCGAAGCGCCCCUCCAAUUUCUCACAUAUCAAGCGCAAAGGCCAGCACCUCCUGCGCCUCGAGACCGUCCUCUUCACCCUAUACUACCCGACCACGCCGACUUCCACACGGGGAAACCCCCCGGACGGCCGCAAGAAAUGGUCACGACCGACGUGGCUGCCGCGCCCUCGACGCCAAGUCGCCCGCGGCUACGGCCGCUUCGCCGGCAUGGGCGAGAGCACUGCCACCUCUUGGUUUGGCGCCACCACCAUGUUCACCAAGCUGCCCGCCUGGCGCAACGCCCCUCUGGCCGCGCAUUGGCCGCCAUUCGCCAACGACACAAGCUCGCGCCAGCAAGGGAAGGAGGAGGGCCCGCUGCCACCGCCGUUCGUCGUGGAGGAUGCACGAGCUGUAUCCAUGUUGGGCCACAACGACGAAACCGGUGAAGAUGACGACGACGAGGGUUGCUGGGAUGAGGAAUGGGACGAGGACGCGUGGGAGCGGCGAAAAAUGCCCAAGUUCCCGCUGCUGGUCUUCAGCCACGGCCUGGGUGGCAACCGCACCGCCUACUCCAGCGUGUGUGGCGAGUUUGCCAGCUACGGCUUCGUCGUGUGUGCCCUCGAGCAUAGAGACGGCAGCGGACCGCGGACCUACGUCAAUCACCCACACAAGGAACCGUGCAUCAAGGCCACGGCGCCCGCCACGGCGACCGCGCUCUUCGAAGAGCAGCGGAGACGCUCGUGUGGGGGGGCGGAGCAGGGAAAGCACGACAACGAGGACGAUGGCAGGCCCGCCAUAGACCGCGUCAUGUCGUUCCGUCAGGAGGCCUGCAAGUGCGUUGUCGACCACACACACAAGGAACGCGCCGAGGGCUACGACCGCAUCGACUACAUCUUCCCCAAGGGCAACCCGAUCGACACAUCGCCGCACGCGGAGAAGGGCGUCGACCGCGAAUUGCGGGCGGCGCAGAUCGCGCUCCGCCUCGCCGAGAUAGAGGAGGCGUACGGCGUGCUGCGCGAGAUCCACCGUGGCGGCGGCGACCGUGUCGCGGCGGCGAACCUGCGCACCAAGGGGUAUGUCGGCGCCAGCUCCCGUGGUCUCGAGGGCGUGGAUUGGGCGAGCUGGAAGGGAAGGUUCCACUUGAAAGACGCAACGGUGGUGGGACAUUCGUUCGGUGCGGCGACAAUGGUGGAGAUUUUGAGGGAACAGCAGAGGGAAAGGUUCGACUGGGUUGGACAAGGCAUCAUGUACGACAUCUGGGGCGCUGCGGUGCUGCCUGCCCUCGGUGAUGAUGGCAAGGGCCGGUGUGGUGCCGGUGCUAGCGGCAGUGAUGAAGACGUCGAGGAAGAAGAGAAAGACGACCGGCCGCGGGAGCACCAGCAGCAGCAGCACACGGAUUCGAGCACCGCCACAUCGUCCAGCUCAAACACCAGCAGCACAGCGCUGACCAUCCCACCCUCCAACGAAGGCAACGCCAUCUCCUGCCCUCUCCUCGGCAUCAACUCGGAAGCCUUCAUGUAUUGGCCCAGCAACUUCGACACGGCGACAUCCCUCACCACUUCGGCCUUAUCCGACCCGUUUCCUUGUCCGGCCUGGCUCCUCACCCUCCGCGGCACGGUGCACGUCUCGCAGUCGGACUUCUCGCUGCUCUACCCGGGCACGUGCGCUCUGCUCCUCAAGCAAACGGCCAACCCCCGCCGCGCCAUGGACCUCAACAUCGACACCAGUCUCGAGUUCCUGCUGCGCGUGUUGCCGGCGGCGCACACGAACGGCCUUAUUCGGCGCGUGCUUGGCGCCGCGAAGGGGACGACGGCGGAAGGUGGUGUGAUGGUCCUGGACGCGCCGGUCCAGGAGGAGGUGCCGGAUGUGAGGAGGCCGGAGGAGAAGUGGAUCGGGGGUAGGCUAAGGGUACCGAAUGAGUUUAGGAGUAGGUUGUUGCCGAAGUUGGUCAGGAAGGUGAAAAGGCAGAGGGGAAGGAUGAGGGAGGAUGGUGAGGGAGGUGGUGUUGGUGAGAGUGAGGAGGAAAGGGGGGCGUGGGGUGAAGUGUGGAUGCAUGAGAAGUGUCCUGAGGAGGUGUUGGAAGAUUGGAAGAAGAGAAGGGCGGAAAUAGGGAGGGCGGUGUGA